AGGAGGCGGGUGAGGGAGAUCGGCAGCGGUGUUGUCUCAGAGUGUGGUUUGACAGUGACAGCCCGAGGCCCGUCUGUCUGUGGUAGCUGAGCGGCCGUGAUGGAAGCGCUGGACGCUGACGGUGCCGAUCCUCUCGAGUGGGACAGCAAGCUCAGUGAGCUGAACCUGUCGGCAGGACUGCAUUGCGAGGCCCUUUACCCGACGCACUUCACAGAGAUGUUGGAUGAGCUUUCCAAGGAUAUGCUGGGUCACCUUUUCAAUGAUCCUUUCCUUUCGGACAAAAGUGAGCUGAUGGAUGCAGAACUGUCGCCUGCUCCGCACAUUCAAGCUGAGCACAGCUACUCCCUGGCAGGUGACUCCCGACCGCAGUCUCCACUCACACAGAUCUCGACUGAAGAGGACUUUAGUGAAGACAUGGAAUGUGAAUCCUGGUCAGUGGGCUCUGAUCUAAAGCCAAUUACAUUGAAGCAUGAGGCUCUCCUUUGUGAUAGUAACUGCCUAGCUCCUUCUGUUACCUUAACAACCGCAACCACGUCUGUGGUCGAUGUUGUGCUUGACACGUACAAGGUGGACACGGCCCCUGUGACUGAGCCAGCUCUUGAUACACUUCCAAGUGGUGAGACUAAAAUGUGCACAUCGAAGGUUGUUCCAAAGAUCAAACUGGAACCACAUGAGGUGGAUCAAUUCCUCAAUCUGGCUCCAAAAGAAGCAGGAGCAGAUAUUCUCCAGUUACCGCCAACACCACCAAGCAGCCAUGGCAGUGAUUGUGAGGGUGGGCAAAGUCCAACUCGUUCUGUUCAACCACCAGAUCCUACCCAGCCACAGCCCAUGGGAAAAUGCAUAACCCGUGCACCAUCUGCUUUGUCCAGCUCUCCUCUUCUCACCGCACCACAUAAGCUACAAGGCUCAUCAGGACCUUUGAUACUAACAGAGGAAGAGAAACGGACUCUAAUUGCUGAAGGAUACCCGGUACCUGUCAAACUACCACUUACAAAAGCAGAAGAGAAAGCACUCAAGAAGAUACGCAGAAAAAUUAAGAACAAGAUCUCUGCCCAAGAAAGCAGAAGGAAGAAGAAAGAAUACAUGGAUACACUGGAAAAGAAGGUGGAAUCUUGUUCAAAUGAAAACAGUGAACUCCGUAAAAAGGUGGAAAACUUGGAAAAAGCAAACAGGUCCUUGCUUCAGCAGCUACAAGGACUCCAGGUCCUAGUGGCAGGAAAGGUGCCCAGACCUUGCAAGAUGGCCAGCACACAAACCAGCACAUGCUUAAUGGUUGUGGUGUUGUGUUUUGCCAUUGCUCUGGGGAGUUUCAGUAACAGAUUUGACACAUUCUCCACUUCAGUGACAAAAUCAGUGCUCCCUGUCCAGGAUUCUACACAGGAGUCAUAUGCAGCCACUGUUCGCUCAAGGCAUUUAUUAUUUUAUGAAGAACAUCCGGGCUUUGAGGACGAAAUCAGUUCUAUGAUGUCGACAGACGCCUGGGAAAAAUUAGCAGAGUCUGUUCGGGAGCAAGCACGACUGACACAGUUUCUCACAGCCAGGGGUUCAGCACAGAAGCAGCAAGCACAGGAAGCAGUUACACACUCACAGGAGCCAGCAGAGGAAUAUAUAAUAUCAAAUGAAACAAGAACAGAGAAUUCAGUCCUGAUAGAGCUCCAGUCGCAACGGAGCCUCCCAAGUGUAGGGAUUAAUGGAACCACCGUUGAAAUUGACAGAAGAGUCAACACAACAUCCUAAAGAACCAUAAGGUGGUGUUUAUACAAUGAAUGCAGUACCUUUGUAUACAAUCUCAUUCAGUCUGAUCAUCAAAAGCCACCUCAGAAGGGGAUCAGAUAAUUUUGUGUUUUUUCCCUGUACUUCUUUAUUACAAACAUGCUUACUGAAUAUUAAUUUAUAUAAAUUAAUAACUAUAUAUGUAUUGGGAACUUGAGUUAUACUUACAAGCCUUCAUUCCUGCAUUGAUUCCUUGUUAAACUGUCAGGCUGACUCUCUGUCCAUUUUAAGUGUAUGCAGGAAUAAAUCUCAGCGUGGGCUAAAGUUCCAGGUUUCAGAACCAGCAGAAAGGAUUAAUCUGAAUUUCACAUUGUUAGUCAAAAUGUGCUGUUCAGUUCAACCUCAUUUGCUGUACUCAUUCUUUAAAAUGUAGUCAAACAACUGAGCAGAAUCAUUGGCCUGUAGCCCUUUAGCAGAUUCUUACCCAGGAAGGGUGGUUCACCCUCAUUUUCCUCUUCAUAAUCUCAGUCCCUCAGCUGCCUUCCUUUCUCAAAUACAGAAUAGCAGGAGUAACCUGCUGUCUUCUGUAGCUGACAGUUUUGAGGAAUUUUCAGUUUUGUUACUAUGUAGAUUUAGUCUCUUAGCUCUCGGGUCAUAGUAAGUAAUAUUUUUUAUCAAGUUUUUUGCAUUUGUAUUUUAGUAAAGACACAAAACAAGUCUGCACUGUGUUCAAAUAUAGUUGUUUCCAAUUUAAACCCUUGCUGACCAAUCCAACCAGAAUUUUAUUGUAAAUGUUUACUGUGGCUUUAAUGUUUUGAUGCCAUGUUGGCUGUUCAAAGAUCAGUGUUGCUCCUACUGGGCAAAGAUUGAAGUUUUGUUUCAGCAAAACAAAAGGAGAUUACUGGCACCCAUAAACAGCCUUUUUAUGAAAGGUUCAGUGCUUUUCAGUUUUUCUCUUGCAUUGGAAGAUGCAAUACCUAUAGUGUGUAUUCUAUCAUUGACCUGAAGAGUCAGAAUUUGUCACCAGUGAGCUACAUGUGCUGUAAGAUUCUUUGGUGACAUAGUGCUAUUAGAUGGUACUAGUGUUUACACGUUAUUUGAACAACAUCAAUUGUGUUCUUUUGUGUCUGCAUCAUGCCAGAAAUGAACUCUAAAAUGUGCCAGCUAAUAAUUACCCACAUCAGGUUAACUCUGUUCCUCUCGUUGUGCAAGCCUGCAAUUUGGUAUUGAGUAAGUCAGUCAAUUUGUUAACAACACAUUGGUGACCAGAGAUGGAAAAACAGAAUUUAGUGUUGCAGCCUCAAGAAGUCCAAUUAAAGAGACUUGGCCAUAAAAUGGAGUCAGUUGCUACACUGUUAGAAUUACAUUAGACCAUAGGAACUGGCUGAUAGAUGAAGAGGGUCCAUAAAAUUGAAGAAAUAGGAUGACCAGUACAGAAGCCCAAAAUAUGAUGGCCCUAAGAGGCCUCCAACCCAGCUGCUGCUGUACAUAGGCGCACACAAAUGUGACUAUGACGUUAAUGCUAAGAUCGUUAUUGCUGGCUCUUGUCAACCUGCAAAUGAUCUCCAGUGACUAAUAUUGACAUAAGUCGAUUAAUCUAUUAGGAGUAGUUUGACAGCAGCAUCAUAGGAUGUAGGACUGGCCCAAUACGAUUUUUCUUGUGGGUACAGUUGCCUGACUUGGAAAUUGAGGGGGUGAACUAACAACAAUAGGUCGACCAAUUGCAAUUGCCCAUCCUCCCUGAUUUGGCCAUAACUAAUUAUUGUACAUCAUUCCUUAGUUGGUGAGUAUCUGUAGAAUGAAUAGGCCUCUCCACCGUGACCUGCAUCCUGUUGUAAACCUUGGAAGCAGUAGCCACAGCAAAGAUUAAUGAAAUACAGGGACAUAAGAUCACCUGAAAUUGAAAUGGUUCAAGACUUUGGUAUAAAACCAGAACUCUGAGUGACCUCAUUGGCUGUAAAGUGUUCAGUGACACCUGAUUGUCACGAUUAGUGACCUGAACGGAGAUAGAGAUGGAAUGCCCAUUACCCUGUGAUGUAGUUGGCAGGAGAAGUGGGGUACAUAGACAGAAGAAGUUCAAGGACAGCCUUACUGGAGACCAAUUAAAGGGGACCAUUAAAGGGCUUGAUUCCACUAAGACUGACAUUCCACAGAUGGGAUAGAGUGAGAGGUAGCCUAGUAGAAACUGGCAGCCUCCUUGUGUUUGGGAGGACUAGGCCUCCUGAUUGGACCUAAAUGAAGUACCUCCCAGCAACAAUGGCCAUGUAUCAUUGCUUUAAACCACCCCCUUACCCUGACACCCACUCCCCCAACCACCCCACAAGCCUUUCUCAGUUAUUUAGCUGAUGAACAUAGGAUCAGGCGGGGUAAGCUGCUUUUGUGCAGGCACAGUGGCAAUGGUCAGAGUUGCCUUCUUCUGUGCUGAGCAUCUUUCUAUAUUUUCUAAAUAUCUGAAGGGGAAAAUGCAGGAAUGUUAGGAGUGGCUGUACAUAAGUAUCUCCUCAGUUGGGUCAGUGUGGGUCUUUUUCUGUGCUGCAGUGAAUCUAUGAAUCAAGUUAGGACUCUGAUUUUUCACAUUCUUAGGAUCUACUGUACUUUGGUCUUGUCUCACUUUAAAGUUCCUGUUGGUCUGAUAUGGAAUGAGAGACCACCCUCUGGAAGUCCUGCAAACUUAGUUGUUUCUUAGCAAGAAUUGAGGUUUAAGAAUCAUGAAUAUUUUUUGGGAGGUGCUGCUAGAGUUGAAGACCAUGAGCUUCCCUGCAGAGAACGCUGUUAAUCUUCACUCUCUGAGCUUGGUACGUUGCUGGGAUUUAGGAUUCGCCAAAGUUAAGUUAAUUCCUAGUGAGCACUCUACUCCUCCAGAUUCCAUUAGUAAGCCAGCCUGGCUAGUUAUUCAGAAGCAUUUUUGAAGUGCUGCAGGCCUACUUAUCUGGUAAUCCAGUAGUUCAGCUAUGUUACAGAAGGAUGACUUUGUUUUGACCUUCCAUUAGCAGAUAUUGUCACCUUGGCCAUAUUUGAUUCCAGAUAGAUCCAGUUUAACAGUAGUGCAAAGUUAUUAAAAUGUGUUGGAUGGAAUUUCCAUUGGUGGACUUUAACAUUUUAGUCAUGUACCUGACCAGAAGGGUCGUUUGAUUGAGACUGUCAGUAUUUAAUAUUUUAAUAAGGCAGUGUUUGGUUUUAUUUACUGAGUUCCAUAGACAGCUUCAGGAGAUAGUGAAACAUCUAUAUUAGAGCUGGCUCUUAAAGCACCUUACGUAUGCUCUGACAGCAUACAAAGAAAAAUAGUCUUGUUUCUAGCUGUAAUCUUUCUUAUUUUCUUGUUUUAUUAGUGCUAGGGUCCAUGCUGCUAUGAAAUUUUGGCUUGUUCCUUAUAACUACAACAUCCAACAAUCCCUUUCCCACCCUUUAGCCUUGCUGUGUAGAAUUUUUUGGUGCUGAAGUCUCAAUUCUCCUGAUAUCUCAAAUAUAUGCUAGAGGCUAAUUUUAAAAUAUCCAAUGCCUGUGUGACUUUUCCUUAUGCCCAUUAAUGUUGUUGUUUACAAUUGCAGUUUUGUAAAAUAGAACCAAUCAAUUCUUAUUCAAGGAAUUACAUAGUAAAAUAGUUUUGAAUUAAACUCAGUCUGUAGACUGUAUCCAAAAACAGAAGUUAUUUAACAGCUGACCGUUAAAUUUAUGGUGAAAAGUUAAUUCACACUUUGAAGCAAUUAAUGGUACAAGUUUUAACAAUAAGAUUUUAGAGUAAUGUUUCUUUUAAAAGUGUAAGGGAAGUUAUAGUUGGAUAAAGGGCUCAUUCAGAUAGAUUACCAGGAUAAAAGAUUGAAGCCAUAGUAUAAUGUAAUUUACUUAAAUUUUGACAAAUUAUGCAAUUUGUAUUUAAACUGUAAGCUACUGUUAGUAUGUGCAUUUAGAACUUAAAAGAGUAAUACUUUACAAAAUAAUUUUUAAGAAUUAUUCCAAAUACAAUGUUAAAAUAAUGAGGCUUUAAAGCCAUCGUCCAAGGAAGGUAAAAUUUAAGUGAAUACAAGAACCUAAGAAAGCAGAACAGGAAUAGACUAAUAUGGUCCGUCGAGCCUGCUUUACCAAUCCACUCCGCAUAUACUUUGAUCACCGGAGUAACUGAAAAUCUGCUUGUUCAGUCUUAAAACAUAAUCAACAAUGGAAUAUCCAUAUCCCUAUGAGGUCGAGAAUUCUAAACAUUCACAACCCUUUUGGUGAAGAAGUCUUUGUGGACUUGUUGGGCCUAAGGGCCUGUUUCCACACUGUAGGGAAUCUAAUCUAAUCUUUCCUUAUCUCACUCUUAAAGUGAUCGUUACUUUGUUAUGAAUGUGUGCCCCCAUGUUCGAGGUUCCCCAGCUGGUGGGAACAACUUCUCAGUAUGUAUCCUGUUCAACUACCACAGAAACCUGAAUAUUUCAAGGAGAUCGUCUUUCAUCUUAACAAGUUCCAGAGCAUUUGAACUCGGUUUACUUAAGACUGACCUGUGUCACAGGGGCUAUCAUUCCAGAGACCAAUCCUGAAGGAUCUUGAAAGGAUAGAUGUGAAGAGGAUGUUUAUUCUAAUGGGAGAAUCUGGCACUAGGAGUAACACAUAUUUAAAUCUGAAACUAGGCAAUUUUUUUUUCUUGAUAAUAAAAUGUGAGGCUGGAUGAACACAGCAGGCCAAGCAGCAUCUCAGGAGCACAAAAGCUGACGUUUCGGGCCUAGACCCUUCAUCAGAACACUCUGCUCGUAAAGGUACUGAAAGCAGAGGCCUUUAAUAUGUUUAAGGUAGCGGUGGAUUCUUGUUAAGCAAAAGAUGAAGCGUUUCUGUGAUAAGUAGGAAUAUAGAUUUGACAUUACAAUCAGAUUAGCCAUGAUCUUAUUUAAAUGACAGGUCAGUCUCGAAAGGCUGAACAGCCUACAGCUGCUCCUGAGUCAUACGUUUGUAAUCUAAUGAUUACUGCCUCCAAAGUAAGUAUAUGUUGUGUGAAAUAUUACUGCUGUUCAGUUUUUAUCUCCUGCCGCACCCCCACCUAAGCCUCUAAAGAAUUAUUUUAAAAACUGACUAAAAGUGUUGAAAGCAUACCAGCUCUGGUUGCUGUGUUUAGCCGUAUGUUAAAGAUGUUUGCGUAAAUUUGCUGUCUUCAGUACCUCAAUCUUUGAGAACAUUCUGAAUUUACUCAAAAGAACGACCUAAGAAAACCUUCAGAAACUCGCCUGCAAUGUCUCUGGCCUUGAUAACUUUACCCCCAAAUGUAUUAGCAAGCAAUUUACUUCAGCAUCCAAUAUAUAGAAAAUAAGUACCAGGUAUGUAAUAAUAGAUUAGUCAGCAAAUGAAUGACCGACUUAUUGUAUAAUACCAUUAUUUUCUGUUUUUUUUAUUUAUUUCCCAGCAUUAUUAAACACUUUUAUCUUUCAGUAAUAAUGCCACACACUACAGUCAUGAUUGUAUAAUGCCACUCUUCCUCCCAAGUACCAUUUUGACACAUUUUGCAGUGAAUGAAGGAACUUUUGCCCAAAGCCUGUAAAAUGUUCAAACAUUGUCACGCCAAAGUACCAAAUUUAUAAGCAAUGUCUUUUUGUUGAGUAAGAAUGUUAUUAGCAUGCAAAAUCAUUCAAUCCUAUAACGUGAGUGCACUACAUUCUAUAAAAUUACAUUUAAGAAGAGUUAAGAUGAAAAUUAUUGGUUUGUUUACUUUAUUCAUCUCAUUAUUUCCAGUAUAGACUGCUGGCGUGUUGUACACCAGAGUGUUGAUCUUCUCUCUGCAUUUUCCAGGUGUCCUGAGGAAAGUAAUACUAAAAGAUUUAAAAGUCUUUGUCAAUACCCUUUAAAGAGUGCAAUAUGAUCACAGUUGAUUGUACAUAAAUAUUCACAUUAUUUACAUGUAGCAACACUUUCACAUCAGAUAUCUGCCUCCAAAGUUCUCAUUGUCAUUUGCAUUCAUUUUUGUUAUAUGCCAAGAUUUUGUCAACUUUGAUCCUGAUCCAAGUACUAGAUAAUAUUUAAACUGCUGUUCCUCUCUUUAUUUGAAUUAGACCUUACUAGAUCAAGUUGGAUGUCAGACCAGUUGGUAUUAUAAUUCUGAUGAUUUAAAACAUCAAGGCAAUAUUUUGUGGCAGUCUUUAAAAGUGGACCAAUAUUGUGUUUCCCCCACAGUGUGUAAUUUUAACAGCCCCUUUUUGUAUGUCACAACAUGAUGUAUGUGGAAUGGUUAACUAAAUGCGUCAGCAUUAAUCUUGUCUUUCUGGAGUAGAAAAGUUUUAUAUUUUAUUCUAUAUGGAAACAUUUUUCUUUUAUAAUGACUGUCUUUAUACACAUAAAUUGUAUGUUAUGCUUCUUUAA